UUUUUAAUCUUAUUAUUGGGUUCGAAGAGAAGAAAAGGAGCAGCACCAACAAGAAAAACCCCUCAAAAAAGAGAUUAUUACAGAAAGAAAUGCAGGGUGAUGAGGCCAAGGUCUUGCUAGGCUUCCCUCCCAAUUCCCGCCCCACUCUCUCUCAGGUUAAAGCUGCAUACAGAAAGAAAGUAUGGGAAUCUCAUCCUGACCUCUUUCCUCUUCAUGAAAAGCCCGGUGCCGAGUCCAAGUUUAAGUUGAUUUCAGAAGCUUACACUUAUUUGCAGACCGGUUUAUUUGGAAGACCCAUUUUACGGUUUUGACUUUGAGGAAGAAACACAAGUCGACUAGGUUUAGAGGUACACGCAACAGGAGCCUUGCACUUGAGAAAGGAUUUCCAGGGUGAU